CUUUGGACAGGCCCUCUGCUGAGCACUGGGGAGCCAACGAUCAUCCAGUUUGGUUGGGGAAGGACAGGAGAUUUCAGUCCAGGGUGCGCUGAGCUAUGGUGGAGCAGUGAUAGUCUUUGGGAGCCAAGAGAAGAACCUGUGUGCUCAGGGAAGACUCACCAGAGUGGUUGAUACUCACAGGGAGUUUCAACUCACAUGCCUUUUUUUUUUGGUUUUUGAGACAGGGUCUUGCUCUGUCCCCCAGGCUGGAGUGCAGUGGCGCGAUCUCGGCCACCUCCCAGGUUCAAGCGAUUCUCAUGCCUCAGCCCCCCGAGUAGCUGGGAUUACAGGUGCAUGCCACCACGCCCAAAUAAUUUUUGUAUUUUUAGUAGAGAAAGGGUUUUGCCAUGUUGCCCAGGCUGGUCUCGAAUCCCUGACCUCAAGUAAUCCUCCCACCUCGGCCUCCCAAAGUGCUGGGAUUACAGGUGUGAGCCACCACACUCGGCCUAAACUCAUGUCUUGAAGUAACCGGACACUGUGCAGAGUGAUGCUGGAGACCCCAACUUGGGCAAGAUGCUGACUCCAUUUCUCGAGGAGCUCACAGGCUGAAAGGAUCCCAGUUCUGCAUGCACACGUGCAAUAACGGAAGUGGCACAAGGCGUUGUGGGAACCCUGAAGGGCAGCUGGUCAUCUUGGAGGAGCUAAGCCUGAGCUGAGUCUCUGGAUGCAGUGGAGUUUCAAGCAGCGAACACUGCCUAAGGCCUCCUGGGGGCCCAGCCCUGUGCUGGGUGAUGCUAAGUUCCCAGAGGAGAGUCAGUCCUUGCUCUGCCAUCCAGAGGUCCCUGGCUGGUAAGGGAGGAAGACAUACACCCAGGCAGUCCAGAGACAGCAGUCACAGAGGCCUAGGGGAAGGACAAGGCCAAAAGUGUGCAGGAUGGAUGGCAAGCGGCGGCCAGGCCCAGGGCCUGGGGUGCCCCCAAAGCGGUUCCGUGGGGGCCUCUGGGAUGACGAUGAUGCACCUCAGCCAUCCCAAUUCGAGGAGGACCUGGCACUGAUGGAGGAGAUGGAGGCAGAGCACAGGCUGCAGGAGCAGGAGGAGGAGGAGCUGCAGUCAGUCCUGGAGGGGGUUGCAGAUGGGCAGCUCCCACCAUCAGCCAUAGAUCCUCGCUGGCUUCGGCCCACACCACCAGCCCUGGACCCCCAGACAGAGCCCCUCAUCUUCCAACAGUUGGAGAUUGACCAUUAUGUGGGCCCAGCGCAGCCUGUGCCUGGCGGGCCCCCACCGUCCCGCGGCUCGGUGCCUGUGCUCCGCGCCUUCGGGGUCACCGAUGAGGGGUUCUCUGUCUGCUGCCACAUCCACGGCUUCGCUCCCUACUUCUACACCCCAGCGCCCCCUGGUUUCGGGCCCGAGCACCUGGGUGACCUGCAACGGGAGCUGAACUUGGCCAUCAGCCGGGACAAUCGCGGGGGGAAGGAGCUGACUGGGCCGGCCGUGCUGGCCGUGGAGCUGUGCUCCCGAGAGAGCAUGUUUGGGUACCACGGGCACGGCCCCUCCCCGUUCCUGCGCAUCACCCUGGCGCUGCCACGCCUCGUGGCCCCGGCCCGCCGUCUCCUGGAACAGGGCAUCCGUGUGGCAGGCCUGGGCACGCCCAGCUUUGCGCCCUACGAGGCCAACGUCGACUUUGAGAUCCGGUUCAUGGUGGACGCGGACAUCGUCGGCUGCAACUGGCUGGAGCUCCCAGCUGGGAAAUACGCCCUGAGGCUGAAGGAGAAGGCUACGCAGUGCCAAUUGGAGGCGGACGUGCUGUGGUCUGACGUGGUCAGUCACCCGCCGGAAGGGCCGUGGCAGCGCAUUGCGCCCUUGCGCGUGCUCAGCUUCGAUAUCGAGUGCGCCGGCCGCAAAGGCAUUUUCCCUGAGCCUGAGCGGGACCCUGUCAUCCAGAUCUGCUCGCUGGGCCUGCGCUGGGGGGAGCCGGAGCCCUUCUUACGCCUGGCGCUCACCCUGCGGCCCUGUGCCCCCAUCCUGGGUGCCAAGGUGCAAAGCUACGAGAACGAGGAGGACCUGCUGCAGGCCUGGUCCACCUUCAUCCGUAUCAUGGACCCCGAUGUGAUCACCGGUUACAACAUCCAGAACUUCGACCUUCCAUACCUCAUCUCUCGGGCCCAGACCCUCAAGGUACAAACAUUCCCUUUCCUGGGCCGUGUGGCCGGCCUUCGCUCCAACAUCCGGGACUCUUCAUUCCAGUCCAAGCAGACGGGCCGGCGGGACACCAAGGUGGUCAGCAUGCUGGGCCGCGUGCAGAUGGACAUGCUGCAGGUGCUGCUGCGGGAGUACAAGCUCCGCUCCUACACGCUCAAUGCCGUGAGCUUCCACUUCCUGGGCGAGCAGAAGGAGGACGUGCAGCACAGCAUCAUCACCGACCUGCAGAAUGGGAACGACCAGACCCGCCGCCGCCUGGCUGUGUACUGCCUGAAGGAUGCCUACCUGCCACUGCGGCUGCUGGAGCGGCUCAUGGUGCUGGUGAACGCCGUGGAGAUGGCGAGGGUCACUGGCGUGCCCCUCAGCUACCUGCUCAGUCGUGGUCAGCAGGUGAAGGUCGUAUCCCAGCUGCUGCGGCAGGCCGUGCACGAGGGGCUGCUGAUGCCUGUGGUGAAGUCAGAGGGCGGCGAGGACUACACGGGAGCCACUGUCAUUGAGCCCCUCAAAGGGUACUACGACGUCCCCAUCGCCACCCUGGACUUCUCCUCGCUGUACCCGUCCAUCAUGAUGGCCCACAACCUGUGCUACACCACACUCCUGCGGCCCGGGGCUGCACAGAAACUGGGCCUGACUGAGGAUCAGUUCAUCAGGACGCCCACCGGGGACGAGUUUGUGAAGACGUCAGUGCGGAAGGGGCUGCUGCCCCAGAUCCUGGAGAACCUGCUCAGCGCCCGGAAGAGGGCCAAGGCCGAGCUGGCCAAGGAGACAGACCCCCUGCGGCGCCAGGUCCUGGAUGGACGGCAGCUGGCGCUGAAGGUGAGCGCCAACUCCGUAUACGGCUUCACUGGCGCCCAGGUGGGCAAGUUGCCGUGCCUGGAGAUCUCACAGAGCGUCACAGGGUUCGGACGUCAGAUGAUUGAGAAAACCAAGCAACUGGUGGAGUCUAAGUACACAGUGGAGAAUGGCUACAGCACCAGCGCCAAGGUGGUGUAUGGUGACACCGACUCCGUCAUGUGCCGAUUCGGCGUGUCCUCGGUGGCUGAGGCGAUGGCCCUGGGGCGGGAGGCCGCAGACUGGGUGUCAGGUCACUUCCCGUCGCCCAUCCGGCUGGAGUUUGAGAAGGUCUACUUCCCAUACCUGCUUAUCAGCAAGAAGCGCUACGCGGGCCUGCUCUUCUCCUCCCGGCCCGACGCCCACGACCGCAUGGACUGCAAGGGCCUGGAGGCCGUGCGCAGGGACAACUGCCCCCUUGUGGCCAACCUGGUCACUGCCUCACUGCGCCGCCUGCUCAUCGACCGAGACCCUGAGGGCGCGGUGGCCCACGCACAGGACGUCAUCUCGGACCUGCUGUGCAACCGUAUCGACAUCUCCCAGCUGGUCAUCACCAAGGAGCUGACCCGCGCAGCCUCCGACUAUGCCGGCAAGCAGGCCCACGUGGAGCUGGCUGAGAGGAUGAGGAAGCGGGACCCCGGGAGUGCGCCCAGCCUGGGCGACCGCGUCCCCUACGUGAUCAUCAGUGCCGCCAAGGGUGUGGCCGCCUACAUGAAGUCGGAGGACCCGCUGUUCGUGCUGGAGCACAGCCUGCCCAUCGACACGCAGUACUACCUGGAGCAGCAGCUGGCCAAGCCCCUCCUACGCAUCUUCGAGCCCAUCCUGGGCGAGGGCCGUGCCGAGGCUGUGCUACUGCGGGGGGACCACACGCGCUGCAAGACGGUGCUCACGGGCAAGGUGGGCGGCCUCCUGGCCUUCGCCAAACGCCGCAACUGCUGCAUCGGCUGCCGCACAGUGCUCAGCCACCAGGGAGCCGUGUGUGAGUUCUGCCAGCCCCGGGAGUCUGAGCUGUAUCAGAAGGAGGUAUCCCAUCUGAAUGCCCUGGAGGAGCGCUUCUCGCGCCUCUGGACGCAGUGCCAGCGCUGCCAGGGCAGCCUGCACGAGGACGUCAUCUGCACCAGCCGGGACUGCCCCAUCUUCUACAUGCGCAAGAAGGUGCGGAAGGACCUGGAAGACCAGGAGCAGCUCCUGCGGCGCUUCGGACCCCCUGGCCCCGAGGCCUGGUGACCUUGCAAGCAUCCCGUGGGGCGGGGGCGGGACCAGGAAGAGUUAAUAAAGUCCUGGACUUUUGCUGCA